AUAUUGAACCUUUACGACAUCUCACCAUCCGGCUCUUAUUCAUUUACGGUAUCCAUGUUGGAAAAAUAAAAAAAUCAAGAUGUUCAAAAAGUUCGUAUCAGAUGAGAGUGUAAGUGGGGUCAACAAUCUCAAAUCAUCCAUACAGCGUGGUAUAAGAGCCCAGAUAUUAGAAGCAUACCCCUACAUAGCAGAAUAUAUGGAUGAAAUUCUACCAAAGAAAGGAAAUGUUAAAUUAGUGAAAUGUCAAGAACAUAUAGAAAUUAUAUCAGGGCAAAAUGGUGAACUACUUUUCUUCAGGCAGCGGGAUGGACCAUUAGCCCCAACACUGAAAUUACUACACAAAUAUCCAUUUAUUUUACCGUAUAUGCAAGUGGACAAAGGGGCCAUAAGGUUUGUACUCAGUGGGGCAAACAUAAUGUGUCCUGGCCUCACAUCCCCUGGAGCCAAGAUGUCACAGUUACCUAAAGAUAAAGUUGUUGCUAUAAUGGCUGAAGGCAAGCAGCAUGCACUGGCAAUAGGGUUCACUAAAAUGUCAACAGAUGAAAUUUUAGAGAAGAACAAAGGAAUAGGUGUGGACAAUUUACAUUUCCUCAAUGAUGGACUAUGGCACAUGAAGCCAGUGAAAUGAUAAAGUCACUUAUGUAAUGACUUUUAAAAUAAUCAUGUAUAAACACAGAGACUGCAAGUCACGUAUCUUUGGAGGAUUUUUACUCAAUCUUUUGUUGUCUAAUAUUUUGAUAAUGAAUAAAUGGCUUGUGUUUAUCUCUGAAAAUGUGAUAUUUAUGUCAGUGGAUGUAAAUAGGAUCUUAUUUCAAGAGCUAAUUAUAAUGGUAACAAUUAAACAAUAUUGUACAAGAGUAAAGGAAAACAUUAAUAAGGAAUGGGGUUGGAUCUAGUGCAUUGGUUUCAUGUAAAAGAUGUAUUGUGUUGGAUCAUCCUUUAUUGCAAAAUAGAUUCUGUAGCAGCAUGGUAUGACACACAUGUCAAUUGUUAACAGGUGUAGGCACCAAAAUUAAUAAAUGGGUUCUAAAGUAAUUGUAAUGAAAUUGUAAUGAGGAAAAGAUACACAAUCAAUUAAAGACAUAUAAAUGUUCUAAAGUUACACACUCUUCUACCAUAAAUAUGUUUUUAUUCAGAUAAAAUAUAUGAAACUCUACAUUCAAAAGCUCAGAAUGAAGUUAUAUACUGCUCUAAAUACAUGUAGCCAUGCUAGCUGUGCUUCAUGUCCAUCCAACACUACUAGUACUCAGUAUUAUCCAUUGACUUUUAGAUUAACUGACAAUUCCAACGAAUUUGAGCAUUUCUGCAUCUUAAAUCCUGUAAUACAUUGUGCACCAUAUUUAGAAUUCCGCAUGAGGAAUGUAGGCACAGAAUUGCAGAAUCUUGAAUUUUUAUCAAUUUGACAUUUUUGAACCAAUUGCAUCAUUCAAUCCUACGUUCACGACGUUUAUUGUUUAUGUUGAUGAAAUUUAUGGCUUAAUAGUUCCAGUCAAAUCAAAAAAAAUGUGGAUGUUUUAGACCACUCUGAAGAUUGACUGUUUUAGUUUUCAACAAUGUCUAUUUCAGGUAACUGAACAUCAGCUCGGAAGAGUAAAUUUUAGGUUACAGAACUGAUAUCUUUUAUGUAAAGGCCAGUUCACACUUCACAGCUGCACAAUAUCAUUAU